UGCCCGCCCGUCUAUUUUUUCUGAUCCUCCUCUCCACCCUGUUUCGGUAUUUUGUGAGAUUUUUUUGCCUUCUUGAAUCUUGAUUCCAUCCUCGAGACCUGCCUCUCUCUCUAUCCCCCCGAAAGAGAGAGAAUCAAGAAAUUAAACCGUCAUGACUCCAGAAAGCCAUGAAGGAGAUUCCCCAAAGCCGAAAAAAGAGUCUCAGGCGGCGGCGGAGACAUCGCAGUUUCCACCGUCGCAUGGCUCCCAAUCCCCUUACCCGCCGCCGCAGGUGACGUAUUACCCGCCUCCGAUGGGUUACCCUCCAGGCCAGGGCCCCUUCGGCUACCCCCCACCUGGUGGAUACCCUUACGCCGCUCAACCACCGCCUCCUAUGUACAACGCCUCGCCCUAUGGAGCUCAUAAUAAUAAUAAUAAUCGCUCCAGCGGCUCUGCCUGCUUUCGCUCCUUUGUAUUGUUCAUCUUAAUGCUCAUUUUGUGGUAUUUUGUGCUAGUCAUCAUAGCCUCCUCCAGUUAUGAUCAUGAUCCCUUUUACACCGUGGACUCCUUCUCGGUUUCCAAUUUCAGCACUUCCAAUUCGGCGUUGACAUGCAUUUGGGACACCAAGAUCAACGUAACCAACCCGAGUUCCCAUAACAACGUCAGUUUCACGGAUUUUACGGUGCACGUCUAUUACAAUGAUGAGGAGCUAAUUGAGAGUCCAGGGAAGUCGUUGGACGUGGGACAAGACCAAAUCGGACAAUUGGAAAUGAGCGCCAACUAUAAUUCUGGGGUUCAACCGCAGAUACCGAGCUCGACGGUGGAUGCGAUGACCAAGGAUCGAGACACCGGGUGGCUCAAGUUUUCGUUGGUGUUAACCGCAAAAGCCACUCGCAAUUACCAGUCUACUUUCUUCGUGUGGACGCUCAAGCAAACGAUUGCAGCCCAAUGCAGAGAUUUGAAUGUCCGUUUUGUGAAUGGUACUGGUAACGCCACCUUCAAUGACGAAGGAGAUCAUGUUCGAUGCCUCAUGGUUCUGCAUUAUUGAUCGCUGUCUAGUUCCUGUACAUGUUCGCAUCUCCUGCCUUUGUCUUAGUUUAAUUCAUUAAUUUAAUCAAUUUUACCCUUUCCUCUCAAAA